CCUCCGCUAAGGAGAAACCCGCCUACUCAGGGCCACCAGCCCCACCCCCUCCCUGAACCUUAAAAUUGGCUGGGACAGUUGAGAGAGUAACAGCCGCAGAGAGCUUGCAGGAGGCCAGCUGCCCCGAGGGAGGGAAAGGAGGCGAGAACUCUUGAUUUUAAGGGACACUGAAGAAACUGGUAGAAAAUGAAGAGUGAGCUCCUGUGGGUACUGCUGCUUUGUGGAACGGUCCUUACUGUGCCCAACCAGGAAAUGUACAGUCGGUUCAGAAGAGGAGCCCGGUCCUACAGAGCAACCUGCAGAGAUGAGCAAACGCAGAUGACUUUUCAGCAGCAUGAGUCAUGGCUGCGCCCCGUGCUCCGAAGCCGCCGGGUGGAAUACUGCUGGUGCAACAGCGGCCGGGCGCAGUGCCACUCGGUGCCCGUCAAGGGCUGCAGCGAACCGAGGUGUUUCAACGGAGGGACGUGUUGGCAGGCUCUGUAUUUCUCAGACUUUGUCUGCCAGUGCCCUGAUGGAUUUGUUGGGAAACGCUGUGACAUAGAUACUGGUGUCACGUGCUUCAAGGAACAGGGCAUCACCUACAGGGGCACGUGGAGCACAGCGGAAAGUGGGGCUGAGUGUAUCAACUGGAACAGCAGCGUGCUGGCCCUGAAGCCUUAUAACGGGCGGAGGCCAGAUGCUACCAAGCUGGGCCUCGGGAAUCACAACUACUGCAGAAACCCUGAUCGAGACUCGAAGCCCUGGUGCUAUGUCUUUAAGGCGGGGAAGUAUACCUCGGAGUUCUGCAGCCUGCCAGCCUGCCCCAAAGAAAAAGGUGAGGACUGCUACGUUGAGAAAGGGUUGGCUUACCGUGGUACCCUCAGCUUCACCACCACCGGUGCCUCCUGCCUCCCAUGGAACUCCAUGAUCCUGAUGGGCAAGAGUUACACAGCAUGGAGGACCAAUGCCCAGGCUCUGGGCCUGGGCAGACAUAACUACUGCCGGAAUCCGGAUGGAGAUGCCAAGCCCUGGUGCCAUGUGCUGAAGGACCGCAAGCUGACGUGGGAAUACUGUGAUGUGCCUCCUUGCUCCACCUGUGGCCUGAGGCAGUACAAACAGCCCCAGUUUCGCAUUAAGGGAGGACUCUUCACAGACAUCACCUCGCACCCCUGGCAGGCUGCCAUCUUCGUCAAGAACAGGAGGUCUCCUGGCGACAGGUUCCUGUGUGGAGGGGUGCUGAUCAGUUCCUGCUGGGUCCUGUCCGCAGCUCACUGCUUCCUGGAGAGGUUUCCUAACCAGCACCUUAAAGUGGUCUUGGGGAGAACAUACCGGGUGGUCCCUGGAGAAGAAGAACAGAAGUUUGAAGUUGAAAGAUACAUCGUCCAUAAGGAAUUCGAUGAUGACACUUACAACAAUGACAUUGCUCUGCUUCAGCUUAAGUCGGAUUCCGCGCAGUGCGCCCCGGAGAGCAGCUCCAUCCGCCCUGCCUGCCUCCCCGAUGCCAGCCUGCAGCUGCCCGACUGGACCGAGUGUCAGCUGUCCGGCUACGGCAAGCACGAGGCGGCUUCUCCUUUCUUUUCUGAACGGCUAAAGGAGGCCCACGUUAGACUGUAUCCAUCCAGCCGCUGCACGUCACAACAUCUGUCCAAUAAAACCGUCACAAACAACAUGCUUUGUGCUGGAGACACGCGAAGUGGAGGUGACCAAGACCUCCACGAUGCUUGCCAGGGUGACUCAGGAGGGCCCCUGGUGUGUGAAAGAAAUGGACGCAUGAUUUUGGUUGGCAUCAUCAGCUGGGGCCUCGGUUGUGGGCAGAAGGAUGUUCCUGGGAUAUACACCAAGGUCACUAAUUACCUGGACUGGAUUCAAGACAAUGUGCAGCAAUGAGUAAACCCAGCUCUUUGAAGCCAGAGGAGACCCUGGCUUCAGAAGAAACACCUCAUCGGUCAAGUGUCCUUUCCACCGACAUCUCUAUAAGCAUCACUUGGUGUGGGGGGAGGUCAGUGGAAGUGUUCAGGGGCAAACAUCUGGUGACAGAGCACACUCCGUCAAAUGAAAAGACAGAUAACUGCCACCCUGAAGCUCCACGUAGAGCAGAGAGGUGGAACAAGGGUCACCCUCCUACUCCACCAUGUUGCAUGAGAAUUAGGACAAGGAUUAAAGCGUGUCUCAACAGUAAGAACUACUGGAUCCUUCAGGAAAGAAAGACUGCAUCAGAAAUAACAAUGUAUACUUACAGUUACCAGAGGGCCCAACAGAGCUUCCAAAUAAAGGAUAGGCUGGCCGGCCAGGUCAUGUUUUCCAAAAACCCUUAAAAACCAGUAUUCUUCCUCUUCCCACCCCUCAACUCUCAGGAGGUACUCCUUUAUGUACAGUAUAAAUCUUUUUUCCUUUAUAAACUUUAUAAAUGGGUGAAUUGUAUAAUUUUAGUAACCGAUAAACUACUUUGGUAUAUUUA